AUGGAUUCCAAUUAUGAUAAUAUAGAAAUAUCUGAAUAAAAGAAAUAAUUCCUUAAAGCAUUCUUAAGAGUCUGGAAACUCAAAAAAGACUAAGAAUUAUAAUAGAAAGAGUAAUAAUAAGAAUAAACAGAAGAAUAAAUAUAAGAAAUUUAAUAAGAAUAAGCAUAACCUAAAAGUUAAGUAUUUUCAAGAGAAGAAUAUGCUAAAGAUCAAUUUUGGGAAGAUAGAUAUAAAGAACAUAAAGGAAGAUUUGAUUGGUAUGUAGAAUGGCCUUAACUUAAAUUCUAUUUAGAACAAACUAAAUUUAAAAUAACAAAAGAAAGUUCAAUUUUAAUGGUUGGAUGUGGUAAUUCAGCAUUGUCUGAAUAAAUGUAUAAAGAUGGGUAUAUCUAUAUAUAUAUAUAUAUAUUAGUUAUCAUAAUAUUGUGUCAAUUGAUAUAUCUACAACUAUUAUUGAUAGAAUGUAGGAUUCUGCAAUUAAAUAGAAUAUGAAAUUAUAAUAUAUGGUUAUGGAUGCAACGUCUAUGAGUUUUCAAGAUAAACAAUUUGAUAUUGCAUUUGAUAAAGGAACUUUAGAUGCAUUAUCUUGUGGAGAUGAUACUAAAAAUAUAUUAUUGUUAUAAGAAAUGAAUAGAGUAGCAAAAUAACUCUUAUUUGUUAGUCACUCUUCUCAUUAAAAAAGAAUUGUAUAAUUAUUAUUAACUAAAGAAUAUUAUGGAAUAAGUAUUUGAAAAUAGAAAUGUAUAUGAAACUAAAAUUAAAUUAUCUGGUUAAGCUGAAUUAAUUAAUAUUAUUAGAACUAGAUUAAAAGAUAAACCAUUAAGUUAUGUAUUAAAAGAUAAAGAAUCAUUAGUUUAAUGUAUAAAUGAAUAUAAAUAAUCAUAAAAAUAAUAAAAAUAAUAAUAAUAAGAUGAAAUAAAUGAAUAUAUAAUAAUUAAAAGAGUUUAAUAAUAAUAAUUAGAUGAAUAAUAAUAAUAAUAAUAAUAAUAAUAAUAAUAAAUAGAUUAAUAAAUAGAUUAACUUAAUUUAUAAGAAUCUUAAGAUAUUUUAUAAUAAGAUAAUAAUCAUAACUUUAUAGAUAACAAUAAUUAGCAUUCAACAAAUGAAGAUAAUUUAAUAAAUUAUGAUCCUAGACGAUAAUCUCAUUGCUAUCUUUAUAAGAUUUUAUGA